AAAUAAAGUAUAUAUAUCGAGAAAAAGAAAACGAAACCAACGAAAGGGGAAAAUCGACUAGGGUUUCGUUAGAGAGAGAGAGAUGGCUUGUACCGAACACGGCGGCAUGAUAAAAGUUUCGAUGAAGGAACCGGAAAAAAUUUCGAUGAAGAAAGUGGUAAAAAAGUACAAAUUGCAUGUGUGUGAGGAGGAUUUGGGUUAUGAGACGACACAAAAGAAACCAAAACGUUUUGGUCCAGCAGGAUUCUCCGUCUGGUAUAACGGAGAUCCGACCCGCCGUAAUCCAGAUCGCAUGGAAAUUAUGAAACAAGCUGCCGAAUUAGUUAUUGAUGUCUUCAACAAAACACAUCUCAACAAAUACAGUUUUGUGGGUAUGGUGCAUGCAACUGAAGAAAGAUUCCCAAUUGUGGUGUUGGAUAUGAUUUUUACCGUUCAGCCUGAGCCCGAGGAGGAUGGUGUUGAUAAGAAUCACAUAAAUGUUCGAGGUCGGGUUUCGAUCAGCAAUGAUUAUGUAGAUUAUUUUGAAUUUCCAGAGGAUCAGAAGAUUGGGAAAAUGAAAAUUUUCCCUAUAGGCCCCGUCUUCUAUGAUGGAGGUCCCACCAGCUUUGCUGAUGAAACAAUGAAAAUUGUCCAACGAUGUGCUGAUUUAGCUAUUCAAGUCUACAACAAGACACAUGCCAUCCGAUACAGUUUGAUAGAGCUGGUGCGUGCAACUAGACAUUUACCCCCAGUGUUUAUGAUUGAUUUGGUGUUUACCGCUAAGCCUACGUAUGACUAUGAACAAGAUGACGAUGAAGAGUAUCUCAAAACUUUCCGAGCUCGGGUUUCCGUCACACAUAACUAUGUAGAGUUUGUUGAAAUUGUCCGUCCUCCUCGCCGGCUAUAGGUGAUUACAGUUUCCAAGUUCAGAGAGGCUAUAUAUAUAUAUAUAUAUAUAUUAUGGAACAUUUAGUUGUGUUAAUUUUCAUAUAAUAGGGUUGUGAACUAAUUUUAUUGUGUGCAUCUAAUCUAUCUAGAGACCUUUUCUUAAUUUGUGAAAAAGAAAAUGAUGGUGUGUUUAGGCCUGGAACAAUGCUAAUAUUAUGUAUUGACAAUUUGCUUGCUACUGCUCGUUUUUGUGGUUAUCCAAUUUAUAUUUCUUUUUUU